AUGAUUAUCGUAGCUCUAAUAGCUAAAGCCUACAGGUCCAAGUUUCUGCCCACGCCAAGCGAUGUCUACAACCACUUCCGGCCGCUGCCGUAUCCCACCAAGGACUGCACGGGCAUGACAGUGAUCGUGACGGGCGCCAACACGGGCAUCGGGCGAGAAGCGGCCCGGCACUUCGUCCGGCUCAACGCAGCGAGAGUCAUCCUGGGCUGCCGCAACACCACCAAGGGCGAAGCCGCAAAGACAUCCAUCGAGACCUCGACGGGGCGCCCCGACGUCGUCGAGGUAUGGCAAGUAGACCUCGGCUCCUUCGCCAGCGUGCGGGAAUUCUGUCGCCGCGCCGACGCCCGCCUAGAUCGUCUAGACGUGCUCCUAGAGAACGCGGGCGUCGCGGUGCUGCCCCACCGGCCCCUCGAGGGCCACAACGAGGAGAUCACAGUCAACGUUAUCUCGACGAUGUUGAUGGGCCUCCUACUGCUGCCCGUCCUUCGGCGCACGGCGAUGCGGUUCAACACCGUGCCCCAUCUGACUUUCGUCGCAUCGGGGGGCCAUUACUACACCGACUUGGAAGAGGUGCGCGACGCGGCGUCGAUCUUCGACGAGCUGCGCCGCGACCGCGACAUGAAGAGCCGGUACAUGGUGUCCAAGAUGCUCCUCCUGCUCGCGGUCCGGCAGCUCGCGACAGAAACUAACACGUCUGGGAAGCCGCAGGUCGUCAUCAACAUGCUCAACCCAGGGUUCUGCCGGACGGAACUGUGGCGCAACACGCCGGCUGCGUUCAGGUGGAUCGUAGACCUGGUAGGGCUGACGGCACGGAGCAGCGAGAUGGGAUCGAGGACGCUGUUCUCGGCUGCUGUUGCGGGCGAGGAGACGCAUGGUCGGUAUAUGUCGAAUUGCGUGCUUUCGGAUGAGAGUCCAUGGGCGCGGAGCCCGCAGGGCUAUGAGGUUCAGGGGAGGGUUUCCGCGGAGCUCAAGGCGAUUGUUGAUGGCGUUGAUCCGGGUGUGUCGAAUAAUAUAUGA